UGUUUCGAACGUGUUUGCCGGGAUGCUGACGCUCGCUGCGGCAGCCAUCGAAUUAGCGAAGUUAUCGGGUCUCGUCCUGCACACAAUCGGGUUCGUUGUCGCGAAUAAAUAAAUCUCGUACCGCCAAAAAGAACCACUUAUCGAAAUCAAUAAUUGCUAAUUAGAAUAUUCCAGCCUCGAUUUGGGGGGAAACUGGGGGAACUGCAUAGAGGUUUGCGUGUUUAUUUCUCAACAGAGGAAAAAAUCAUGUUGCACACACAAACGCUCCACUCCGACUCCUUUUGGGCGCUUUAAUUGCCCUGCUCUCGUUUUGGGGCAUACAUUAAAACCAGCAGCUAAGUAUUUGCAAGUGCCCCAGUGUCUUCUGUGUGUGUGUGUGUGCGUGUGCCCGGUGUGUGUGUUUGUUUGUGUUUUGAUGGUCACGUGGUCAGUUCAAAGUUGGCUUGGCCCACUGCCUUCUUGUGCGUGACAAAAGUCCAGCAACAGUAGCAACAAUAAUAGUCACAGCAGCAACAGCAGCAGCGAAAAUAGUAAAAACAACAGCAAUAAAGGAUUAUCCUGCGUGGGACAAAUUUAAAUUGUUCGCCAGCUGCUGCCACCGGGAAAACGUAGACCGGAGAAAAUCGAAAUGUGCUUCCAUUAGGAGGACGAGAAACUGAAACUGGAGAAGUCGGAGAGAAGAAAGAAAAACUGCAGCGCCAAAUCUGCAAACCAAAUCCAACUUAAGUCACAUCAAAUUAAAAUCAACAACCCGGCGAAGGGUGAACGAAGAAACGGAGCCAAAGGAAAAUUAUAAGAAAAAUAUAUAUAUAGAGAGACAGAACGGGGCGAACGAAGGGGGAAUAUGAAGUGCAAUAAAAGUCAAAUGGCCACGUUAACAAUGUGGAAAAUUUUUAUGGUCCUGCUCCUGGCGAUGGCUCUGCUAAUGCCGCUCACAUUAGCGCGCCUGCAUUCCACUUCCGGCGUCGGAAUGUCCGGCGGAGGCAGCAGCAUGGGUCCUGGAGGCGGCGGAGGAGGAGGAGGCGGCGGCGGUGGGGGCACAUCCUCGAAAGAUUCACACGUGAAAACGAAGGACAUUGAUGCCGUCGAGGGGAAAUCAGUGUCACUGCCCUGCCCCAUCACGGAGCCACUGGAUAAUGUGUAUAUGGUGCUAUGGUUCCGCGAUAAUGCCGGCAUACCGCUCUAUAGCUUCGAUGUGCGCGAUAAGGAGAGCCGGAACCAGCCCCGACAUUGGUCAGCCCCGGAGGUUUUUGGCUCACGUGCCAAAUUCCAUUUUGACUCGCAGCCAGCAACCUUGGAAAUUAAGGAUAUCAAGCGACAUGAUCAGGGUAUUUACCGCUGCCGUGUGGAUUUUCGCACCAGUCAAACGCAAAGUUUCCGUUUCAAUUUGUCAGUAAUAAUACUUCCGGAGCAGCCACUCAUCCUGGACCGUUGGGGUCGUGUCCUGAAUGGCUCUCAAUUGGGGCCCAAGCAGGAGGGCGAUGAUAUCGUUAUCACUUGUCGUGUGGUGGGCGGUCGGCCCCAACCGCAAGUCCGUUGGCUCGUAAAUGGACUGCUUGUCGACAAUCAAAACGAGCACAAUUCCGGCGAUGUUAUCGAGAACCGUCUGUUGUGGCCAUCGGUGCAGCGCAACGAUUUGAAUUCCGUAUUCACAUGUCAGGCUCUGAAUACGCAAUUAGAUAAGCCCAAGGAGAAGAGCUUCAUACUGGAUAUGCACUUGAAGCCCCUGGUGGUGAAAAUCCUGGAGCCGCCCAGCUCAAUGAUUGCCGAUCGUCGCUACGAGGUGUCCUGCGAAUCCUCCGGCUCACGGCCGAAUGCCAUCAUCACCUGGUACAAGGGAAAACGGCAAUUACGACGCACAAAGGACGACAUAUCAAAGAACUCAACACGCUCCGAGCUGAGCUUUGUGCCGACCACAGACGACGAUGGCAAAUCGAUAACAUGCCGUGCGGAAAAUCCAAAUGUGAAUGGCCUGUAUUUGGAGACCAUGUGGAAAUUGAAUGUCGUUUAUCCACCUCUGGUGACGUUACGCUUGGGCUCAACUUUGACACCGGAUGAUAUCAAGGAAGGCGACGAUGUUUACUUCGAGUGUCACGUACAAUCGAAUCCCCAAUGGCGGAAACUGUUGUGGUUGCAUAAUGGCAUUCAUCUGGAGCACAAUACGUCAGCGAGGGUCAUCCGUUCCAACCAGAGCCUGGUACUGCAGAAGAUUACGAAACACUACGCCGGGAAUUAUGCGUGCAGUGCCAUCAACGACGAGGGCGAGACGGUCAGCAAUCAGCUGCCACUGCGGGUGAAAUACACACCCGUGUGCAAGCACUCCGACCGCGUGAUAUUAAUUGGCGCCUCCAAGGACGAAACUGUUGAGGUUGUUUGCGAGAUUCAAGCCGAUCCGCCGCCACGGACUUUUCGCUGGAAAUUCAACAACUCGGGCGAAACUCUGGACGUGGGCAGCGAACGAUUCAGCGUGAACGGCAGCCGCAGCAUUUUAAAGUACACACCGGUCACAGAUCAGGAUUAUGGCACACUGUCGUGCUGGGCCUCCAACGAGGUGGGCACCCAGCAGCAUCCCUGCCUCUUCCAAGUGGUCCUCGCAGCCCUGCCGAAUGCCGUCAGCAAUUGUACCGUCUUUAACCGCACCGAGCUGAGUGUUGACAUACAGUGCAUACCGGGCUAUGACGGCGGCCUCCCGCAAAUAUUUGUGCUGGAAAUGUUUUCAACACGCACCGGCAUCACCAGAUUCAAUUUGAGCAACGCCGAGGAGGCGCUCUUCUCGCUGGAGAACCUGGACACGCUGACUUCGAUGAUGGUCCAGGAGAACAAUUCGCUGCGGCUGCGGAUCUACUCGUACAACCAGAAGGGCCGCAGUGCCGCUUAUCUGCUGCCCGAUUUCAUAAUUGGCUCAACAGCUUACAAGACAGACGACGAUGUAACACUGACAUUGUCGCCGGUGAUUGUCGGCAGUGUCCUGACCAUCAUAAUUAUUGGUGUGGCAAUCGCGAUACGAAUAUUCGUGGUGACAUUUGUGCACAAUUUGCGACGGAAUCGUCAACACGGCAGCAAGGCCACCGCCGCCGGAGUAACCGCCCAGCCCAGCGAUGUCUUCAAGGGCGGAAACUUGGAAAAGCCACGAUGGCAACACACGGACAUAAAAACGAAAUCAUCAGAGGAUUUGGUUGAGGACGAACGUGAUCCGGACGUAAUACCAUCGCAAUAUGUCGGCGGCAGCAGCGCCGGCAGCAGUGGCAGCAACGCCUCCAAUGUGGGCAGCACCACCGCCGGCACGGCCACGGGCAGCAGCACCUCCACGGCGGUGGUGUCCUCGGUGGCGAAUCCGGCCGCAUCCGCAGGAUCAGGAGCAGGAGCCGGAGGAGUGGCACCAUCGACAUCUGCCACUGAUGCCCAUCAGUUUGCAUCGGCCACAUCGGCGGCAGGAGGUGGCGUGUCCAAGUGGUCACCCAAUGGCAACGUGACGACGACGAUGCUGUCCGGCGAUGCGGUGAAUGCAACUGUCACCUACAAUCAAAUCAACGCACAGCGGGCGCAACUCCUGGCGGCGGUGGCUGCGGUGGGCGGUGGAUGCAGCAGCACCGUAAUCUCGCCCAGCAGCAGCAUUCUGGGCGGCCUUGGCAAGCCGCUGGGCAUGGGCAUGGGCCUGGGCAUGGGAGUGGGUGGCAUGGGAUCGCCCACCUCCCUGUCCUCGACGGCCACGCUGGCGGCCCACUUGCAGCCGGUGCACAGCAGCGGGGUGGGCACAUUGCCACCAGGACUCGGCAGCGGCGGUGGCUACAUAAUGAACGCCUACGCCAGCGGACGGCUGCAUCAUCCACCCGGUGGUGGGGCAACGGGCGGGGGCACGGCCACCCACACCGCCACCCUGAACAGGCACCACCACCAGCAGCAGCAGCACCACCACCACCCGCACCACCAGCAGCCACACCACUCGGGCUCCAGCCUGCUGAUGGGCAGUGCUGGUAGCGUCAUGGGCGUGGUGGGAUCCACCACGACAGCCACUACGUCCUGCAACUCCUCGCAGGACCUGGAUGACAACAUAAACAUCAAUGCGAUUAAGGAUUGCCUGAUGACGCAGCGAGUGCCCGAGAGUUGUGUCUAAACGUGGUCCUGGAAGUGGCGCAAAUAUGUAUUUAUUGUGUAGGAAUAUAAAUCUAUGUCAUGACAGGAUUGUGGCAGUUUUCACAUUCAUUUAAAAUUAAAAACAACUUCAUUUCUGAUAUAAUUUAUUUUUAACACAUAAAUUAUUCAUCGUUAUUUACUUUUAAAUAUAUUUAUCUUUA